AUGCUGUUUGAGGUUGUUAUAGUCACACUCGCUGUCCGGUUCGUUUUGUCGGCAGGAAAAUGUCCUGGCCAAGCGUAUUCGACACCGUUCAAUACAUCUUCACCGAUUUUGACAAGACAAUUAAAUGUUUUCUGGUCGAUUUACGGUACUUGUGAAGAAAAACUGGAUACAAAUGAUAAUCCAUUCGGUGAUAAUCCUGCAUGGGCGGAAUGGGAUGCAAUAAAAUUCAGUUGGAACAAUCAUAACGGUUAUCGCGAUCAUGCACAGGCAACGUUAUCUCGAUUUCCAAUUAACGGAAUCGAUGGAACGACAGGUAAUAUGUCCAAUGGUUUCAUUUGGUCAUGGAUGGAUUCAGAACGAUGGCCAGAUGCUCGCGGCUCACACGGAUCAAUUGCUUCUUAUCAUUUCGAUCAGUUACCGCGAUUUCCCGCUGCUGUCUAUCAGUACUACGCCUGGACCCGCAAUCGAACAUUUCUCCAAACCAUUCUUCCACGAGUUGAAUUCGUCAUGACUUACUUACUAGUGAAUAUGAAUGGAUCCUAUGGUAUACCAAUUAAUCGAGUCAAUGAUGGAACACCAGAAACUAGUCGCCCAAGUACGUACAUGGACCAAGUGAAAUCUGGUUGGAAAGAUACAUGGGUUACAAUGACGUUCUAUACAGCUCUCACAAACAUGGUGGAAUUAGAAAAGGUUGUUGGAAAUCACAAUCAGAUGACGUUCUAUCAAACAUUAGCGAAUAAUUUUGGUGAAAUCUUUGAUGGUGCAUUUUGGAACGAAAGUCUAGGUCGAUAUGUCGGAUGGGUAGAUCGAAAUGGUUACCAACAUGAUAGUGGUUAUGUAUUUAUUAACCUUGAAGCACUUGCUCGUGGUCUAGGCAAUAGAACAAAAGCUGAUCGUAUAUUUCAAUGGUUAUCCGAACCAGCCGAUCCGAUUGGUAUUGGUCCGCAUAAUGGUAGUACAGAUGUUUAUCAUAAUGUAUUAGCAGCGAGAACAACAACGGAGAAUGUCGCACAGCCUGAUUGGGAUGGAUGGUCAGAUCCUGAUGAAGGACGACGACCCUAUGGAGGUCUCGUUGAAAGCGGAGGAACCAUGAUUUGGUUAACUUAUUAUGAUAUAAUGGCUCGGCUUCGUUUCAACUAUACAGAUGAAGCGUUUGCAAUCUUGACAAGGAUGUUAGAUCGAGUCGACAAUGAUUCUCAUUGUUUGACAUUCAAUUACGAAAAAGGUCGACCUCAGGAUGAUUUCGGUGAAGAUUUUGUUCAGAUCGGAAGUAAUUUUCCCUUUCCCGAAUCUGGCAUAGCUGUCGUUGCAUUCCUACAUGGCUUUGUUGGCGUUCAAGCAAAGAUAGAUGGACUCUACAUCUGUCCUCAGCUUCCAUCUUCACUUGAUUUCGUUCAAGCUCAAGUUGAUUAUGAUACAUCAAGAUUAACAAUCCAAAUAAGGAAACAGAAUGCACCAUCAAUCUACCAUUUAACAAUUCCAGAACAGCAACUGUCGGUGGACAUUGUCCCUGGCGCUUGUUACAAUCUUUCUUUCGAUUCCUCGGAGUAA